AUGUCAGCCAUUCGCAUCGAAUCUGCUCCAUUCACUUCAUAUUUAUAUCGGUCAGACUAUGUAGCCAGGACUAGCCAAUCCUCUCCCACACAUUCGGCCAUAAUGCGUUCACCAACGAGCCUAUUUCUUCUUGCUUGUGUUCUGGCUGGUGUAGAUGCACAGGUUAAAGUUUAUGGCCUUGAUAAAGCCGCUGAUUGUGACGGGUCGGUCUACAGCGAGGAAAUGAUCCUUGGGGUUAUCAAUUCCUACUGUCGUGAUCUAAAUGGCCAGACGACAAUCAUAAACGUAAACAAUCUUUACAGGUUCGAAAUGUUAGUAAUAAGGGGUAUCUCGCACUACUAUCUGCCUCUACCAUUCGUGCAAACAGAUGGGACAGUGAGAAGAGAUAUCCCGCCCAGACACUUUGCGGUAGUUGCAGGAGGUUGUGAAUUUCAACACGUCGCAAAAUUUAGAAAUGGUCCACCUCGAAGCCUUGUGGUGACCUUGAAUGAUAGGGAAGUUUGCGAUCCAAUCUAUUAA